AUGAAGGUGGGUAAUCCAAUAUUUUUAUUUUUAUUUUCGUUUUUUUGCUUCUUGGAAAAAAGGGUGAAAAUCAUGGCACUCGAACAUUUGAGUGCUCUUAUUGCGUUUUUUUCUAAUAUUUUUUGAAUAUUCGGAAUUCUUCUGGAGAGAAGAUGGAGGAAUUUAUAACGGUAUUUGAAAUUUAAAAAAAUAUUUUUUUGGUAGAAAUUCUAAAAAAAAAUUUACACAGAAUUUUUAGGCUCUGAAAACCCAUUUUUUCCUGAACUUCUUGAGCUUACCAAGAAUUUUACAGGUUAUUUUUUCGCCUAAAAAUUUCGAAUUGAAAUCCUGACUCUCUUUUCAACAGAAAUGUUGACGCUUUUUUGGGACAUUUUCGAAUGAAGAUUUUCGAUCGAAAAUUACAUUAGAGAAAACAGCUUGCGGUGGGACUCGAACCCACCAAAAUGACCACACGCAUUGCUUGGCAGUCCGACGCCUACCCGACUGCGCUAAGGAUGCAGACAGAAAACAAUUCGCGUAUUAUCAGGAUAUGAAAGGAGGAGGCAGAGAAAAGGGGGAGAGGAGUGAAUAUCGGGAGAAAUGUGUUGCAUUGUGGGAUUUUUAGAAAAAGUUGAUUUUUGGAUAAUAAUCCUAAUAAAUUACUAACAUAAAUUUAUGAAACUUAAAAUUCUAAAUUUCCAACCUUCCACUACCACCCAAAUGAAGUCUAACCUCUUCCUAUCCACCCUAAAAACCCGCUCCCUCCUUCCAGGUCGAAUAUUUCGAAGUGACACUUGAUAGAGGCAUCGAUGAACCCUAUCUUGGCGGUGAUCCAAUCAAAGGUGUCAUCGAAAUGAUUUGUUCGAAACAAGUGAAAAUCACGGGUCUUGUGGUGCGAUUGACUGGCGUUGCUGAAACUGGUUGGCGAAGUCGACAAGAUGAGUUGCCCUAUGAGAGUAGAAGCACAUUUAUGGAUGAGAGAAUCGAUUUGACAACGUGAGUCAAUUUUUUUGUAGCUUGGACACUUGGAUCUCUUGAGAGCGAAGAAGUCUAUGUAUUCAGAAAAUCUAUCAAUUCUAGAUCAAUCGCUGAACAUUGCUCAGAUGAGUUCGAACUACAAGAAGGCAAGCAUAGCAUCGAAUUCGAGGGCAAAAUUCCAUUAGAUGUUCUCUCGUCUGUCGAACGCGAAAAUCAUGGAAGUAUUCGAUAUACUUGCACAGCACUUAUGGCAAUUCCAGAAGACGGUGAUACAGAACUGGUUUCCGAGAAGACGUUCAAAGUUUUUUCGCUAUUAAAUUUAGACGCACCUUAUUUACGUGAUAAAUCGCAUGUUACGGAGGAACAAGAUGUUUGUUAGAUCUGGGAUUUCAAAAAAAACAAAAAAAAAUUUUGUUCCAGAUAACGGGUUGUUGUGGUCGUCGGCGUGGAUCGCUGGUGGCGACGAUGCAAAUCGAUGAGAUUGGUGUGAUGCCUGGGCAAACAUCGAAGAUUAGUAUAACUGUGGAGAAUAAGACGAAGAAGAGGAGGAGAUGGCGGAAGAAAAAGGUGAGUUUGCAGUAGAGCGCGGUUGCUCAACUAGAGAGAGCACGACCAUACAAGGCGCCCGUUGAGUCAGACGCGAGACGACGAGAGUAUUUUGCAAAAAUAUCUCGAAAAUGAAUUUCGCUUCGAGAUAUUUUCAAUAAAACAUGUGUUCCUUGAAACAAAAUACGAUAUAUUUUCAAAGGGACACAUAUUUUCUCAAAAAUAUCUCUUUCUCUGUCUCAGAUGACGUCAUCAGACUCCCGUCGUCUCUCGUCUGACCCGAGGGGCAAUUUUCUAUUGGAGGAAAUAGUCGUGAGAGGUUUUUGAAUUUCACGGCCUUUCAGAAAUAAGGAAUUUGAGAGAGACGCAGAGAAAGAAACGCAAAAUCCUAAAAUAAAAAUAAAAGCCAAAUUCAUUUGCAGUUCGACUCUUCGUUUCGAGACCAAGCGCGGGAAACAUGUUUUUCAAAUUUUUUCGAAUUCAAAAACUUUUCCCGCAGUUGGUUUCGAAACAAUAGAUCAAAUUUGAAAAAUAGAAUUUGAAGUAAUUUUAAAGGCGGUCAGACAGCUAUUCUCCGGUUGACGGAGACCACCCACGAAGCCUCUGACUUUAACCGGGCUAAACUUGAACCAAACAAAAGAUAGAGAUGAAAUAUUGUGAAAAUAUGAAACUUCAAAUCUUCCUGUGCAAAAGUGCGGCGCGGUGUUUGCACACACACAAAUCCGCUGGACGUGGGGGCAAUUUGAAAUUUUGAAAACACAAGAUUUUCUCAGCUCGUAUUAACUUUCAUGAUUUCGGAAUUUUUUCACUGGUUCGUUUCAUGAUAAACUAUUCUUGACACUAAACUUUGAGGAAAACCGGAAUAAUUGUCUAACUGCCUUUAAAAAUCGCUAACUUCAAAAUAAUGCUUCUCAAGCAAACAAGCAUCAUUUUCAAUAUUCAAAAUCCAAAUCCAAAUCCCAAUAUUUUUAGGAUGGUCAUGAAUGUGUUCUCCUAAGUCUCUGCCAACAACUCGAUUUCGUAGCCGUCAAUCGCUAUGAUCCAAUGCUCGUCGAUCAUAAAUCAAUAACAAUAGCCGUCGAAAGUCACGGAACAUGCAAAACAAAAGCCGGUGCCGGUCCACAAACCAAAGAAAUCGAAUUCAGUGUUCCCACGAAUCUCCCGCCAACAUCAAUUCACGCCAAUCGAAUCGUCACCAUAUCCUAUUUUUUCAAAUUAGACCUCGACCAUUUUGAUCUUGUUCUUCCAGUUAUUGUGGGCAGCACGAAAACUCCCGGUGUUAUUGAGUAA